AUGGUGCUCACGGCCGCCGCCAACCAGCUGCGCUACCCGUCGAGCCACACGGCCUACUUCAGCUCGUUGCUGGUCCACCUCUUUGCGUCGGCGCGCGACGACGCCGUGCGCGAGCAGAUCACCCGCGUCCUCCUCGAGCGCCUCAUCGUCAACCGCCCGCACCCGUGGGGCCUGCUGGUGACCUUCAUCGAGCUGAUGCGCAGCCACCGCCAGCUGAUGCCCAAGGCGCCCGGCGAGAUCCAGGCGCUGCUCGACCAUAUCUCGUCGACCCUCGUCGGCCCCGGCAACGGCAACGGCACCGGCCCAGGCGCGGAGGACGGCAGCCUCGCCCAAGGCGUCCCAGCCGCCCAGAUGAACGGCAUCGCACCUGGUCUUGGCUUCCAGCAGCAGCAGCAGCAGGCCUGA